CGAAGCAGGGAAGUAGGGAAGCAGGAAGACAACACGACGAUGUAGCAGUCGUAUGCACAAAAUCCAAUAUUCUCUAUCGAAUAUAUAUCUAUCUACCUCUUGUUGCUCGAUUGGGGCGAUAAAGUAGAAAAGGCAGGGGCAGGCCUCUUGCGACUCGGCUCGGAUGCAUCAAUUACGGCCGCAGUGUUAGUCAAUUAUGUCUUGACGAAAAUUUAGAUGAGAGGGAAAGAUGGCCGGGGCUCAGGGAACGCCAGAAUCGGAGGCCGGAAGCUUCGAGUGCUUUCAAAAUUAUACGGCUCCUGAGGUCUUUGUUCAAGGUCUCGCUGGUAUCGUUGACCAACAGGAUGUGGAAUCUAUGAUUCGUGCUCAGAAGCAAAUGCUUCAACGAUUUGAAAAAACAAAUGAAAUGCUAACAAAUUGUAAUCACCUAUCCGUUAAUCGACUCAAGAGUGCUGGUAGUGAAUUUAAAAAACAUACUGCCCUCUUAGUUGACAUGAAAAAGGAUUUGGAUUAUAUUUUUAAAAAAGUCAGAAUCAUAAAAAAUAAAUUGAGCCAACAGUAUCCUCAAGCCUAUAAUGAUGCGGUAAGGAGCAGCUUAGCCGAGGAAGUUAUUGUUGAAGAUAUAAAUCAAGAUCGAAAGCCUUUGGAGCCAGAAGUUACAUCAUUAACUCAAUCUAAUACAGGUGCCCAAAAACAUCCUGUUUCACAUGUGCCAAUUGAGGAAUUUCAAUUUGCAAAAAUACGUGAAAGAGGAAUUAACAGAAAUGAUGGUUCAUCGACCGACAGUGAAAAUGACCAAAGCAAACAAGAUUCGUCAUCGUGUUAUUCUAAUUCUAGUUAAUUUCAAAGCAAUUGCUUUUUAUUCCUAGAAGAAUAUAUGUUAAAUAUUUUAUUACAGUAUAUUUAUUGAAAAUUUGU